UAGUGAGGGGGGAGGGGGCACAGUAUAUAGUGAGGGGGGAGGGUUAUGUCAGGGGCACAGUAUGUCGGGGGCACAGUAUGUAGUGAGGGGGGAGGGUAUGUCAGGGGCACAGUAUGUAGUUGGGGGGAGGGUAUGUCAGGGGCACAGUAUGUAGUGGGAGGGAGGGUAUGUCAGGGGCACAGUAUGUAGUGGGGGGGAGGGUAUGUCAGGGGCACAGUAUGUAGUGGGAGGGAGGGUAUGUCAGGGGCACAGUAUGUAGUGGGGGGGAGGGUAUGUCAGGGGCACAGUAUGUAGUUGGGGGGAGGGUAUGUCAGGGGCACAGUAUGUAGUGGGGGGGAGGGUAUGUCAGGGGCACAGUAUGUAGUGGGGGGGAGGGUAUGUCAGGAGCACAGUAUGUAGUGGGGGGGAGGGUAUGUCAGGGGCACAGUAUGUAGUGGGAGGGAGGGUAUGUCAGGGGCACAGUAUGUAGUGGGGGGGAGGGUAUGUCAGGGGCACAGUAUGUAGUGGGGGGGAGGGUAUGUCAGGGGCACAGUAUGUAGUGGGGGGGAGGGUAUGUCAGGGGCACAGUAUGUAGUGGGGGGGAGGGUAUGUCAGGGGCACAGUAUGUAGUGGGGGGGAGGGUAUGUCAGGGGCACAGUAUGUAGUGGCGGGGAGGGUAUGUCAGGGGCACAGUAUGUAGUGGGGGGGAGGGUAUGUCAGGGGCACAGUAUGUAGUGGGGGGGAGGGUAUGUCAGGGGCACAGUAUGUAGUGGGGGGGAGGGUAUGUCAGGGGCACAGUAUGUAGUGGGGGGGAGGGUAUGUCAGGGGCACAGUAUGUAGUGGGGGGGAGGGUAUGUCAGGGGCACAGUAUGUAGUGGGGGGGAGGGUAUGUCAGGGGCACAGUAUGUAGUGGGGGGGGAGGGUAUGUCAGGGGCACAGUAUGUAGUGGGGGGGGAGGGUAUGUCAGGGGCACAGUAUGUAGUGGGGGGAGGGUAUGUCAGGGGCACAGUAUGUAGUGGGGGGGAGGGUAUGUCAGGGGCACAGUAUGUAGUGAGGGGGGAGGGGUAUGUCGGGGGCAUAGUAGACACUGGUGGUGGGAGGCCUGGCGGCCAUCUUGGGAGUGGAAGGCCGCUGCACGGUUACUAGGGGAGACGGGUUGCUUGUGCCGCCAUGUUGUGGAGGUCCGGCCCGGUACUAGGCCGCCAUGUUGCUGACGCCUCGGCCGGUUCCCUCCGGGGUGACACACCGGACGGCUGGAGGAAGCCGCAGGGUGAGGCCCCGUCAUCUCGGCGUUUCGCUGCCGGCCGCUCUCCGCCAUGUUGAGAAGAUCCUGCCGUGGAUUCCUUGUGAGGGCGAGCCAUGCCGGUGCCAGGAGAUGACAUGGCUGACGCUUUGAUGACCCGAACGCCUAUCCCAGUGCCUGCGCAUUUCAGUCAAGCAGAGCAGAGCUUCUCCCACAAGAAGAGGGGGCGAGCGCUCUGCUACACCCUACCCCCACGGCCUCCGGUGAAGAGUAUCCCUCCCCUCAGCCGUAUCUUUCCUAACAAGCAGCGGUCCUGGAGCCAGCCUCGCCCCCAGAGCGUGUCCUUCCAGAGCCCCCGCCACAAGCAGCCGGUCAGCCACCUGUACGACCACAGCAAGGAGGAGACCUUAUUCAAGCAGUGCUUCCAGAUCGUCUGCAAGCUGGGGAGGGGCUCCUUCGGGGAGGUGUAUAAGGUGCGGAGUCGUGAGGAUGGCGCCGUGUACGCAGUGAAGCGAUCAGUUUCCCCGUUCCGGGGAGAAUCUGACCGUCUCCGCAAACUCCAGGAGGUGAGGAAACAUGAGCGUGUCGGGGAGCACCCCAACUGCCUGCGAUUGAUCCGCGCCUGGGAGGAGAAGCGCAUGCUGUACCUGCAGACGGAGCUGUGCGUGUGCAGCCUGCAGCAGCGUUCGGAGGCGCUGGGCGAGCCUCUGCCUCCACCUCAAAUCUGGAAUGUAACCUGUGACCUCCUUCGAGGUCUUAAACAUCUCCAUGACCGCAACCUGCUGCACUUGGACAUCAAGCCCGCCAAUGUGUUCAUCGCCUACUCCGGGGUCUACAAGCUGGGGGACUUUGGUCUGAUGGUGGAGCUGGAUGGAGCAGAAGGGAGCGGGGAGGCCCAGGAGGGAGACCCUCGUUAUAUGGCUCCAGAGCUUCUGGACGGGGUGUUCACGAAGGCUGCAGAUGUGUUCAGCCUCGGGAUGACGCUGCUUGAAGUGGCCUGUAACAUGGAGCUCCCAAAGGGUGGGGAAGGCUGGCAGCAGCUGCGGCAGGGUCACCUCCCCAUAGAGUUCACGUCAGACCUGCCCCCAGAUUUCCUGAAGGUGCUGUCUGGGACGUUGGAGCCGGAUUAUCGACGUCGGGCUACUGUGGACUGGCUGCUGUCUCUCCCUGCUGUCCAGAGGGCUGAGGGGUGGCGGAAAGUGACCCUAACGACCAGAGGCGUCCUCACUCGGGUGGUGGCCGUAUUGCAGUUUCUCCUGUGGCUCAUCACCGUGGUCUUCUGCGCCCUGAGGCGUCCAGUGAGGCGGCUUUUACGCUGGAACGUUAUUCUGGACUCUCCGCCGUCUUCUCCAUCCCAAAAUCGAUGCUUAGAAAGCAGCUUUUCCAGUGACUGGGAGGAUGAAAGUCUCGGGGAUGAUGUAUUUGAGGUGCCUCCAAGUCCCCUGGGCUACCCCAGGAAUAUCACCUACCAUGCUCAGGAAUUCCCCCUCAGUUGCAGACAUUCUCCGGAUCUGUUGUCGCGGCCGUCUCUGGGCAGCACGUCCACACCCCGCAAUCUGUCUCCUGACUCCAACCUGCGGCAGAGGUCGGCGCUGCCCCCGACCCCGAACGUGAGCCGGAUCAGCCAGGACUCCCCGUGCAGUGUGAAGUCAGGGAGCCCGGACAGCAGCGGCAGUUCUUCAGGCUUUGUGGACGCUGAGGCACCUCGCUCUUUUCUACCUCGAAACCUCCUUAGUAUUUUUGAUGAGGCGUCUGAGCAGUAGACAUCUUUUUUCUGAGAAGGACCGUGCUGGUCCGUAGGAUCAGCCCCGACUCCUUUGGAUGUAAGACAUUAAUAAAGGGGCAUCUGCACCACUGUUUUUGGGUGAGGACCCCAUAGACGGCGUGCAGUGUCCGGCCAUGGUCCUUAUUGCUGGAUGUGAC